UACGAGUCAGAACGAACAGAGACCACACCAAAGAGUUUAAAGACAAAACGGGCGAUAUAUCAUAUAUAUAUAUCAGUAAAAUGUAUUCCUCAAUGAAGCUCUGUUUCAUCCCAUUAAUGGCUGCUAUAGCCAUGAAAGCUUCUAGUCUCUCCACACAAGAUCUCCACAGCUUUUACCUCUACCUAGAAAAAAACUCCACAUCCCUAACCAUGUUCACCAUCUCUCUCAUUCUCGGUUGGACGCUUUACAUCAUGAACCGGCCCAAACCCGUUUACCUAGUUGACUUCAGCUGCUACCUCCCACCGUCUCAUCUCAAAGUCAGCGUCAAGAAGAUCAUGAGCCACGUGAGAGUUAUACGCGAGCAAGGCAUGUGGGCGAAGACAGGCGAGCACGAUUACUUGAUGGACUUCGUCGAGAAGAUUCUAGAACGGUCCGGUCUAGGCCAAGAGACUUACAUACCUGAAGGUCUACAUUGCUUGCCGUUAGAGCAAACGAUGACCGGGUCACGUAAAGAGACUACGGACGUUAUACUAGGAGCGGUCGAUAAUGUUCUCCGCAACACUGGAGUUAGCCCGAGUGAUAUAGGUAUCUUAGUGGUGAACUCUAGCACUUUUAAUCCUACUCCUUCGUUAGCUACUAUUAUUGUUAACAAAUAUAAACUUAGGGAUAAUAUAAAGAGCUUGAAUCUUGGUGGGAUGGGGUGUAGUGCUGGCGUUAUAGCUAUAGAUGUCGCUAAGAGUUUGUUACAAGUUCAUAGGAACACUUAUGCUCUAGUGGUCAGCACCGAGAACAUCACUCAGAACUUGUACUUAGGUAACAACAAAUCGAUGUUGGUUACAAACUGUUUGUUCCGGGUGGGUGGGGCUGCGGUUUUGCUUUCCAACAUGUCUAAAGACCGAAAACGCGCUAAAUACAAGCUUGUUCACACGGUGCGGGUCCAUACCGGGUCAGACGACCGGUCGUACGGAUGCGCUACACAAGAAGAUGAUGAAGAUGGUUUGGUCGGAGUUUCCUUGUCGAAGGAUCUACCUAUGGUGGCUGCAAGAACGUUAAAGAUCAAUAUCGCAACGUUGGGUCCACUUGUUCUUCCCAUACGUGAGAAGCUUCGCUUCUUUGUAACGUUCGUUAGAAAGAAGUUUUUCGACCCCAAGAUCAAGCAUUACAUGCCAGAUUUCAAGCUGGCUUUCGAGCAUUUUUGUAUCCAUGCGGGUGGUAGAGCGCUUAUAGAUGAACUUGAGAAGAAUCUUCAUUUGUCUCCGCUACACGUUGAAGCAUCAAGAAUGACAUUACAUAGGUUUGGUAAUACCUCGUCGAGUUCUAUUUGGUAUGAGUUGGCUUACACUGAAGCUAAAGGGAGGAUGAAGAAAGGAGAUAGGAUUUGGCAGAUAGCAUUGGGGUCAGGGUUUAAGUGUAAUAGUUCUGUUUGGGUGGCUCUUCGUAACGUGAAGCCUUCUGCUAAUAAUCCUUGGGAAGACUGCCUCCACAAAUAUCCAGUUGAGAUCGAUAUAUGAUUAUGGAUAGACUGGAUAGUUAGUGAUUCUUUUCA